ACGUGUUACUAUUGCCAGUACCCUGCUGGCAUUGGGAAUAUACCACCAAGUACUAUCAGUCAUGACAGAUUAUGAGUCUUUGCACAGGCAGUGCCGCACUCUGGAGUCUUUAUUCGACACAAAGCUUACGUCGUACUCCCGCCUAGCAUCAACAAUAACGAGAAACCAGGACGACAUCGAGGCGGGAGGUUCGCGCGAACGCUGGAAAGACGUUGAAGGCGAAGUCGAGGACCUCCUGGAGAAGCUACGAGAAACCAAUGAUGAAUUACUCGCACUCUCAAACAACCCGGACACCCCGCCAUCACAAUCCAUGUCCCGUGCAAUCCAGAGACAUGGCGAAGUUUAUCAGGACUAUGCAAAGGAGCUGCGCAGAACGAAGACCUUGCAGACAAAUGUCCAGCAUGCACUUGACAAAGUAAACUUACUUUCGGGCGUUCGGAAUGACAUCGAGGCAUACAAAUCUUCCGCGGCAGACUCACUGCUGGCGGAAAGAGGGAGAAUCGACAGCUCCCAUUCGAUGACAGACCAGAUUCUCGACCAAGCAUAUGAAACUCGGGCAGAAUUCUCGCGCCAAAGCAUGUCUUUGGCCGGUAUAAACACGCGCAUGACUGGUGUCAUAAGUGCGAUACCUGGCAUCAACAAUCUUCUUUCCAUGAUCAAGAGCCGACGGCGGAGAGACUCUAUCAUCCUUGGCAUUCUUAUUGGAGGGUGCUUACUCCUACUUAUAAGCUACAUGUCGCGGUGAUACCAUUUUCAUUAUUCAUGGAC